UUCAUUUGCGGAGGGUUAUUGGUUCAGAGACUUUGAGAGUUGACGGAAGAAAUGGUGAAGGUUGAGAAUAGAAGAGAAAGAAAGAAAGAAAGAAAGAGGUUUUUGAUUGAGCGUCCAGCCAAGGCAAAAUACAUCAGAGCUAUAUUCUCUGCUGUUUCUGCAACAAGACCUCGGGCUGAUGUUGCAUAUUGCAUCCAUGGUCUUGCUAUGAGGUCAGCGAAGACACAUAACUGGGUAGUUGCAUUGAAAACUCUAAUUGUUCUUCAUCAUGCUUUGAGGGAAGUGAACCCCACCUUUCAUGAAGAAAUCAUGAAUUAUGGUAGAAGUAGAAACCAUAUGCUUAACUUGUCUCAUUUCAAAGAUGAUUCAUGUCCAAAUGGUGUGGUCUUAUAUUGCAUCCAUCACACGCUGCAAAGUCUUAUAUUGCAUUCAAAUGGUGUAGUCUUAUAUUUGACAGAUCUAAUUGCUCCUGCUCUUACUAUUGCUAUUGCUACUGCAAAUGAAGCUGCUACUAAAUCGAUGACCCAUUUCAGCUGCUUCUGCUAUUGCUACUACAAAUGAAGCUGCUACUA